CUGUCCUCUUUUACGCCCCACAGACUCACAGUGGGAGAGUCUGCGCAGCUCAGUCAGUCAGCAGCACACAGAGAAACAGACGCCGAUGCGCACUUGGCCGAUUGACUUUUGACUUUAAACAAUGCAGAGCAGGACAGAAAAGUUGGAAAUUGUAUCUUUGGGGACUGGACUGGCUGGGACUUGGACAGCAGCUGUGCGCCAACGAUUGUGCGUCCAUGUGAUGGUUCCCCUGCAUUCCUAAGGAGAGUCAUCUGAAGAGCUGGGAGAAGACGCGAACAGCCGGACUGCAGCCAACAGAGAGAAAUCCAUAAAUCCUUUUUUUAUAUAUUGGAUUUACCACAGCUGGAAUAUCAGUUUAACUUUCGUUUUAAGACAGCUUCACUGUAUAAGGCACACUCUGGAGUAUACUUUUGGAGACGUUGGAUCUGUUUUACGCACGGGAUUUUCUCAACAAAUGACAACCUGUGUUCGCACCUCAUCUCUCCUCCUUCAUCCUCUGAGGUCUUUUUACCACAUAGACCCAAAUCAUCGCCACCCGCUGCAACAGCUUUGACAAAGGAGCCUCAAAGGUGACCCUCCGUGCAUCCAAACGCACCAGCGUGCGGCUGAGAAUGCGGGAAGGAGGAAUCCCGAUGUCGGUCCCCGUGGUUUUGACUCUGCUUCUGGUCGUCAUAGACGUGAAGGCCAGCGGGGAAUACUGUCACGGGUGGCGAGACCCACAGGGCGCCUGGAAAGACGGGUUCCAGUGCCCGGAGAACAUCGACGGGGUUGACGCGAUCAUCUGCUGCGGGAAGUGCGAGCUGCGGUACUGCUGCGCCAGCACGGACGCACGGCUGGAUCAGGGCAGCUGCGAGAACGACAAGCUGACUGAGGUACCAGGGACGGAGAGCAAAGAGAACAAGGACUCCAGGGCAGUGCCCAUCUAUGUGCCCUUCCUGAUCGUUGGAUCUGUGUUUGUGGCCUUCAUCCUGGUGGGUUCUGUGGUCGCUGUGUGCUGCUGCCGCUGCCUCAGACCCAAGCAGGAGCUCUCCUCAGCUGGUGCCUCAGGAGGCGGGACCAGCGGCGGACGCCUCCUGGAAACGAUCCCAAUGAUGGCCAACAGCUCCAGGGGUUCAUCAUCUCUGCAGUCCAGCACGGCCACCUCGUCCAGCUCUUCGGCUCCUCCCGCUGGGACCCGCACUGGUCCCGCUCCCCUGAUGCGGGCUCAGGCCUCCUGCUGUCUGCCCCCAGACGCCAGCGUCUUUGUGAACAUGCCCACUAACUUCUCGGUUCUUAACUGCCAGCAGGCCACCCAGAUCAUGUCCCACCAGUCACAGUUCAUGCACCCACAGUACAUCGGCUACGCCCACCCUGUGGCCCCUACGGCAGCCUUUUUAGACCACAGCCAGGGGGGAUACAGACACCUCCAGUCCCCAUGCCCUCCUCCAACAGCCGGAUCCAGUGCAACCAGUGACAAUAAAUCCCCUCCAGUGACAGUGUGAUGACGGAAGGGUGUCAAACCUGCAGACCACUCCGCACUUUGUUGGAGCAGGGACGUUUGGGCUCCCAUCCAAAAUGGAGAAAGGAAAGGAAAAAAGAAUAAUGAGUCCGACUCACAUGAAGGACUUUUAAAGCUGUUGCUAGUCUGGACCCUGCCCUGCUAUUGUUUGGUGUGUGGUGUUCCAUAUGAUUUGUUGGCAAAGUUUAAUUGAGCUAAGCUCAAUCCAUGACUGGAGGGUUAAUGGAUCCAUAAGAACUUCUCUGCAAACUGAAUGUUUAAGGGUUUAUUUACCACAGGCCAGGUGGAUAACAAUGCACAGUUCAAUGCAGUCCAACAUGCAGCUCCAAUUAACACUGCAUGUUUUUCUGUGUGCACGCACUUGUAUACUAAGUGUGAAUAGAGAUUUUCUUGGCUUGUAUGUGCAGGAAUGAGUGACGACAGUUUGAUUUAUUGUAUGAAAAAUGAAUCUUAGAGCAAAAACAACCAAAAAAAAAAAAAAAAGAACAGGACCACAUGCUUUGUUUUGGCACCGCGCACAUCUGUGGCUGUGAAUAAAUGCGAGUGGGUUUAUGCGGCAUGGUAUGGUUUGUUUGUGUUGAAAUCGCGAGGAGAGAAAGCAUGUGGAUAGAAGUUCAGCCUGAGCCCCCAAAGCGAGGACGGAUGUGGUCUCAUAUGAGUAACUGUGAGUGAACUGGGUGUAAUGGGAAAUGCAGGUGGUGUGAUGUGUAAGGCUCUUGCAAUCUCCCAGCAGACCUUUUAAAAUCUAAUGAAGUGAACACGGGACGCAGACUGUGACGCUCCACCCUACUAUACAUCCACACUCCAUCUCUUUCAAACACCACCCAGAGAGAGAAAAAAGAAAAAAACAGCCCCGAGCGGAAACACACUCACAUACCCCCCCACAAAUAUGGCCAAAUUCACACAAGGCUGCUGGUUAAUGUACCUGUAAGUGUUACUGAGUGCAAAUACAGAGAAAGGAAUCUGAAAGUCUAAACCACAUUUGUUCCUGUGAGAGGCAGUGGGAACCUUUGAUAUGGGUCACAUGGGCGACUGCCCAGGGAGGCAUUAGAAAGGUGGGUGCAUGAGCUCCGGAUCAAAAUAAAUGUAAUAUGCCUUAACUGAGCAGGGAUUCUAUUGCUUUAAAGCUUUUGCAGCCAGUGGGGAGAAAAGGGAGACUAGUUUACAGUGUUUCUGAAGGACUGCCAUGCAUUUUAUUUUGCCUCAGAAUCUAAUUUUCAAAUUUUGAUUGGCAAUGGUGAUAUAUAGGUGUGUGUGUGGUUGUGACAAACACUGCACGGUUCAGUGAACUAGCAGCAGAGGAGUAGCUCCAGGCCAGGUUUAAGCCACAGCUUUCCACUUGAAAAAGGCACGGAAGUGGCACUUAUUGGCUGUGAGUUAGGAAAAAUAUACAAAACGUGCUUAAUUUGCAGCCAUUCUGUGUGUGCGUGUGGAGCAGAGCAACAUACAUUUCAGUGGGAACGUGCAGCUGCACAGAGGGCAACAUGUUUGUGGGCCGAAUCUCUAAUCCAAGCUCACCCUAAGGUUGAGUAGGCAGCUUGUGUGAGACAAACAGUGGUCCUGAUUCUCUUUGAAAUAAUAUAUAAAGCAAAGAGAGGUGAUGCUUUUUUAUAUGAAUGGAGUAAAAAUAAACCUUUUAAAACAUGCAAGAAUGUUGUCUGAUCAGAGUGAUGCUAAGCUACAGGGGAAAUACAAGAUUUAGCGUUAUCAGGUUGCCAAACGUUACAAUCAAUCAAACAAAGAAGUAUGUUACACACAUUCACAGACUAGUCUGCUUCCCAUAGCAGAGAAUACUAAUCUGAUUGCUCCAAGCACGGAGAAACUACCGUGGAAGUUUAAAGGUUUGGGUUCCAGGAAUGAGAGAAAACAGGCGGAACGAGCCACCGGAGGGAAACCAAAAGAAGUAAAUGGAUUUCUUUCUUCCAAAGAUGGAUUCUCCACAUCGCAGCAGCUGUGGUUGGUUUUGGCUGAGCCGCCUACAAGAAGGCAGGAGAGAACAGGAUCUCCAGCUGAGGAGGGUGAUCUCCUAAUGAUCUGUCAGCGAGGACUCUCCAGAGCCUAAUGACAGAGCGUGGGAGAAGUUUGAUUUUGGCCACAUUUAUUGGCACCCGAGAUCAAUACUGUGUAGAAGCUUCUUUUGCCAAUAUAAGAUUAACUGGGCAACAUUUCAGAAGGUCGGCUAAGUUCUCUAGGUUGUCCAGAAUCCUGGAUCCUUCUUUAUGCUCCAUUUUCUUCAGCUCACCUCACAAGUUUCUAUUGGACUACGAUCCGAUAGCUGAAAGAGUAAUGGAUGAAGGUUAAUUAUGGUUCUGGAGAAAAGAUUUCUGCAAUUUGGCUAUUUGUCCUUAUCAGUUAUUCCACUGUGAGACCAAGUGAAGGCAUGUUUUGUGUUCUGGCAACAAAUCCGGAAAGAUUUAUUUUAAAUGUUUAGAUAUUUCAAGGUUCCAUGAGCAUUUUGAAGCAGGCCCAUAGCAUCACAGAUUCUCCACUGCACUUUAACAUAAGGUGGUUUUUAAUCCAUCCUCCUCUGUUUCGUAAUAAACCCACCUACACAA